AUGAAAAUAUAUUAUUCAUUUACAAUUGUUGUGUUGUAUUUAUUUGUAAUUUUAUCAACGUUGACUAUUGAUGCUAGAAAAGUAGUGGUUCAAGAUCUUAAUAGUCAAAAUGAUAUUAAUAAUCAUCAAAAUUAUAAAUCACUAUUAAGUAGAAAAGUUCUAAAGUUGAAGCAACCCUCUUUAAAAAACAAGGAUCUUACCGAUAGACAAAAACAAUACAUUCAAGACAGAGAUGGUUUUGUAGAUAGAUUAUUAGCAACUCUUUCAUUGAAAGAGAAAAUUGGUCAAAUGACUCAAAUUGAUGUAGAUAUUCUAUUAGAACCAGAUUCAUUAAGUAUCAAUACAAAUUACUUGAAUCAAAUCUCUUCACAAUAUUUCGUUGGAUCAUUCUUGAAUUCACCUACUGCCAACGGUGUAAUCGAUGGUAACAUCCAUUAUGUUAAUCCAUCGGACUGGAUCAAUAUACUUACAACUAUCCAGAACAUCACAUUGGCUAACAGUCCUUCGAAAGUACCAAUGAUUUACGGUAUGGAUUCCGUGCAUGGCGCCAACUAUGUUCAUGGUGCUACAAUGUUUCCACACAAUACUGGAUUAGCUGCAACAUUUAAUCCUGAUUUGGCUAAAACAGCCAAUCAAAUUUCAGCUAAAGACUCUGCUGCCGUUGGAUUCCGAUGGAUUUUCUCACCUGUUCUUGGUGUAGCUAUGCAACCUCUCUGGUCUCGUACUUAUGAGACUUUCGGUGAAGAUCCUUAUCUCGGUUCACAAAUCGGUGGUGUUGGAAGUGUCCAAGGUCUCCAGGGUGGUAUUUAUCCACUCUAUGAGAAUGUAACGAUGCCAUAUGUUGUAUCGACACUGAAGCAUUACAUGGGCUACUCCAAUCCGGUCAAUGGAAAAGAUAGAACACCCGCUUGGAUUCCAGAGAGAAUGUUGCGUCGCUACUUCCUACCGUCGUUCUACGAAGCGAUUAUGAGUGGCGCCGGAUCGGUCAUGUUGAACUCUGGUGAGGUGAACGGUGUUCCAAUGCAUGCCUCUGAGAAGUAUGUCGAGGAUAUAUUGCGUGGUGAUUUCGGAUUCGACGGUGUCAUUGUCACCGAUUGGCAAGACAUUGAGAAAUUAGUGGAGUUCCAUCAUCUUACCGAUUCUAUGGAGGAAGCUAUCAUCUAUGCUUUGAAUGCCGGUGUCGAUAUGUCGAUGGUUCCUGACGAUUUCAGCUUCCCUACCAUCCUAUACCAGUUGGUAACUGACAACAUUGUUCCAGAAUCCAGAAUCGAUGAAUCGGUUCGAAGAAUUCUCAAUUUGAAAUACUCUGUCGGUUUGUUUGAUACUCCAUUCCCAGACCCUAAUAAUCAGUACCUUGCAACCAUUGGAAGUGAAAAUGAUAGACAGACCGCUGAAUCGAUCAUUGCCGAAUCGAUUACUUUACUCCAAAACAAUAACAAUGCAUUACCGCUCAAUCCAUCGCUUAUCAAAAAUAUUUUGGUAACUGGACCAAGUUCCAAUUCUAUUGCAAACCAAUGUGGUGGAUGGUCGGUUCAUUGGCAAGGUGUUGCAGCUGAUUGGGAAGUACCUAAUGGUGUAACAGUAUUACAAGGAAUUCAAAAUUAUUUCAAUAACACUCCUACCAAUGUAGUUUUCAAACAAGGAAAUAUUUAUGGAGUUGCCAAUGAUACAUUGUAUACUGAGGCUUAUCUUGCAAGUUUAGAGGCGGAUGCAGUCGUUGUUGUUAUGGGAGAACUUCCAGAGGCUGAAACACCUGGUGACAUUAAUGAUCUUGCAAUGGAUCCAGCUUCGGUUGAGCUUCUAACUCUAAUGGUACAGAAUGCUAAAGGUCCAGUUAUCCUUGUUUUAAUGGAGGCACGUCCAAGAGUGUUACCACCAAGUCUCAUUAGUUUAGUGGAUGCUGUCAUUAUGGCAUAUCUACCAGGUCCACAAGCUGGAAAUCCAUUGGCUGGUAUUCUCUUUGGUGAUAUCAAUCCAUCUGGACGUCUAUCGAUAACCUACCCUGCUACCACUGGAGACAUUUCACCAUAUUACUAUAAAUACAGUAUGUAUGGAUUCCACAACCCAUUGUUCUCUUUUGGAGAUGGACUUAGUUAUACCACUUUCAGCUACAGCAAUGUACAAUGCAAUGGUACUGCAGUCAGUGGACAAAAUUCGUAUAAUGCAACUCUUGGUGAAUAUAUUUCAGUUCAGGUAACAGUUGAAAACACAGGAAAAGUAGCAGGAAAAGAAGCAGUUCUCUUCUAUCUUAGUGAUCUCUAUGCUUCGGUUACGCCAGAGAUGAAAAUGUUGAAACGAUUCCAAAAGAUUCAAUUGAACCCAGGUGAUAGUGUAGUAGUUCAAGUUGUCCUAUCACCAUAUGACUUCUCAUUCAUUGGUCAAGACAACGAAAUCACAGUAGAGCAAGGACAAUUCGUAGUUGCAGUUGGAAAUCAACAAUUGAAUCUAUAUUUAAAUUGA